AUGAAGCCGCAGCCACGCGUCUUAGACUACGAGUCACUUCGGAAGAUAGAGCAGCUGGAGACGACGCCCCCGAGUCAAAGGAAAGUGCUGAAUCAGUUGUACUUUGAUGUAGCCGUCGGUCAAAACAAGCGGAUUGAAUAUCGCCUUCUAUGGUUUCGUUUUGACAUUCGGAAGUUAUAUCUUCUUCGGCAUGGUGAGCCAUUAGAGGAGCUUUUGUACUCAUCGUUUUCGUAUGUGACUUUAGAGGAGGGGCGGAUUAAAUUAGUGACGACGGAUUUAGUCGAGAAUUCGAAGGUGUAUACGAUCCACACGCAGAGCCCGCACGACACGGUGCAGAUCUUCACGAUUCUUCGAGCGAUCUCGACGGUUCCGACGACGCAAUUUUACGAGGAGGAUUAUUUCCAAGAUUAUGUGAAUAAGAAGACGUCGGUGUUAUGUAAGAAGCGAGGGAUGAAUGCGUGGUCGCGGCGGGAGAUGAUCAUCUUCAAUGGGUUGUUUGUAUUGUAUAACGAGACAUCUAACAUUCCAAUAACGAUGUGUCCGAUGUAUGAGAAAGUAGUGUUGAUCUGUCACCCGCGUGCUAUUUUAGAGAUCACGACGUUAAUCCGGCGCAUUUUAUUACACUUUGAGUCUGAUGCGGCGAUGACUGAGACUUAUAAUGUUUUAAUGACUUGUUUACAAUAUGAGCGGCAUCCUGCGGUGUAUAGUGUGAAAGAUUUCUUUUCAGGGAAACUCGCUGAUUUACAGCAAGGGUGUCGGGAUGUAUGUGUGAAGAAUCAGUUAUACCCCGAAGAGUGCAGUGACAAAUUUGCAGUUCUCUGUGAGAUCCUUCGUGCCGUUUUAAAGAAGAAAGUUGUGACACAAGGCACACAAAAAGCAGUGAAAAAAGAAGAAGAGGAAUUAACACGUCGAGCUGCACCGCCACCACAGCAGUCGAUGCCUGAAGAUGAUUUAACUCAAUAUUGUGAGCGCCGGGACCCCAAAUUAUUAUUCAAAAGUUUCACAUCAAUUGGCAAAGGUGGCUUUGGUGAAGUCUUUCGUGCUUAUUCCAUCAAGACCAACACUCCCAUCGCUCUCAAAGUUUUAAAACAUUCCGUCGACGAGCGGUACGCUAAAAUCGGCAGUGAAGUCGCUCGCAUGAAACUCUGGAACCAUCAAAAUCUCAUUAAGACCUCCGGCUGUUGGAUGUUUGAGCACAAAGUGUACAUUGGGAUGGAAUAUUGUUCCACAGGCACCUUAAAAUCGAUGAUCAAGCCCCGCGGAAAUUGUCUAGGGUUUCCUGAUAUCGCGUACAUUUUAUUGUCAACCCUCAGCGGGUUGGACUACAUCCACAAGAGCGGAUUCAUCCACCGCGACAUUAAAACGGCAAACAUCUUGAUGGACGACCGCUUUUGUAUUAAAAUCAUCGACUUUGGAUUGGUCGUGAGGAAGAGUUCGAUGCCACAGAAUCGCGCGGGGAGUAAGUCGUAUAUGGCGCCGGAAGUUAUUAAACAACAACCAUAUGACGAGAAGGUAGACGUGUGGAGCGUCGGGUGUGUUGCUCAAGAACUGAUGGAGUCACAACCACCUUAUAAGGAACACGGCGUCAUUAAAGGUAUGUUCAAAACAGCAGCUUUCGGAGCUCAGUAUUUGAGAGACGAAACUAAGGCCCCAGUAGACUUCGUGGACUUCGUAGACUUGUGUUUCGAGUAUGACGCUAAAAAUAGACCAUCGUGUGAGAGUCUGUCUCGAGUUUGUUCUUAUCGUUUUUUUAUAAUAAUUUUACUAUAA